AUGGAUCUAACCCACAGACUGUUCUCGCUAAGGCCAAUAAAUUCGGCAGCCUUUCAAGUUCUAAACCAUCCCCGCAAUGCAGAUCUCGUAUCUGAGUUCAUGUUGGAAGACGCUCUUGAUAUCGGUCAUUUCGAGUCUAAUGCGACACUCAAGAAUGCAUGUUGCAUCGCCACGCUCAGUCCCGAUCCCAAUGCGGACAUUGUUGUUCCGGGAGAUGGGAAGACCGUCUCUAACCUCCAGUACGAGUUUUUGAUCCUGGAUGACACUCGUAUCGAGUUUGUAGACAAGUCGAGUCUUGUCUCAUGCCCAGUGCGGGGAGGCGAGAACGGUGAUGAAAACUUUCUGUUGACAUACAGCAACGACCAGCUUUGCAAAAUCGAGUUCAAAAUUGACCAAUCGAACUGGGCCGAGUUUGACAUCAUCUGGAGAUUGCGAUUUGGGACCAGCCUCCCUUCGGCCCUCGAGGCCCGGCGCAAUGCAGUGCUGCCGCGGCGGAAGCGACGUACGAUGGCCGAUACCCAAGUGUUGCCCGCCACUAACCCCAAGCCAGAGAGGCAGCAAUUGCCUCGGUAUGCGGCAAACACCAGAGCUACCGUUGUCGCAAGAUUUGAGUAUCAUCCUUGUCCUCUAGGGCACGGUACUUUUGGAACCGUUCACAGAGUUAGGGACCUAAAACGCAAUAGGCUCUAUGCGGUCAAAGUACAGCGCAAUUCAGACUUGGUGAAUUCAGAGUUGGUGAAGCGUGAGAUUAAGAUAUUGCAGAGCUUAAAGGGUGACAAUACGAACAUUGUCCAGUAUCAUGGACACUUAAUGUACCAAGAAACAGGUCCCGUGCACAUAUUCAUGGAUCUCAUGGAAGGCAGUCUACAUGACAUGGUCGCGCAAAAACGGCGUCCUGUGCAGCUUGACGAUGACGGCCUCGCGAGAAAAAUGUAUCAUCAUGUCCUGCAGGGUCUUGAUCAUAUCCAUUCGAAAGGUUUCAUCCAUCGUGAUUUGAAGCCCGCCAAUAUUCUUUGGACUCUCAGGGAAGGCGAGCUGUCUUUUUGCAUUGCAGAUUUCGGGGUGAGCGUCGAACAGAGUCUGGCGAAAAGCGCUGUUGGUACUAUCGAGUUUUUUGCACCGGAAUAUAAAUUCCACUGCCCACAGACGACUGCCAUAGAUCUCUGGUCUCUGUUCAUCACGUAUCUUUGGACAACCAACCUCGAGAAUUUCCGAAACCAGAACUUGAAAGGUUAUGAUGACCUUCUUCUAUGGAUCGCCUCACUCGCUAGGCGAAGAUGGAAUGAUUUGGCUGCCGUGCAGGAAUUAAUUGUACUCGAUCCAAAGGACCGCGCCACGGCGUCGCAGAUGCUCAAGCACAAAUUUAAGGGAGACGGUUUAAAAAUCGAGGACAGAAAUGUCCCGGACCUUCCGACGGUGAUGGCUCCAGAAAUCAAGAAUCCGAGAACAGGGGUCAAAUGGCUGCACCAGCUUGUCCGUCCGAGUGGCAUGCCGGCCCAGGAGCCCAUUCAUGAGAUGGCCCCGGGCAAUCAUAUUUUUACCAGACUCGUUUUAUGGUCACUCAACAAGGAGAACAAUGUUCAAGUUUUCAAUCAACAUAAACAAUCCGGGGGUGGGGGUAGGAUUACAGUCGUACUGAUAGGAAAAGCCUUCAAGGACUGUCCCAAAAGUCCCGUUACCGGACGGCCCCGGGUCACGAAGCAGAAGGCCGCAGCAGUAAAGCGCCUUGUCAUAAGAGAGGCCAUUGUACGUGGUGCCAGCUGCCAAGCGAAAGUUCAGCCUGCCGCUGCCGCUGGAGCUUUGAUUGGGCGGACGCCUGGGUUGUUGCAGAGUUAG